UCCAAGAUGGCAGCCUCCUGGUGCAUUUCCAGAAAUAUUUACCUGAGACACGGAUUAAAAACAUACAAAGCUCGACAGACACAGCUUACGAAUGGAUUUAAUAUAUUUGAAACUUAUUCAACGUCGGCAUUGAAGAAUAACAAGUCAAAGCCAUAUGAAAUUGUGAAGUACUUUGUUGCAACAAAACCUGGGGACAAGAAAGAUACCACAGUAGAACUCCCUCAGGCUUACUCGCCCCAGUUUGUGGAGGCCGCCUGGUACGACUGGUGGGUGCAGGAAGGAUUCUUCAAACCAAAGGAGAACGAGUCAGGCCAGAAGUUUGUUCUUUGCCUUCCGCCACCAAAUGUGACCGGAACUUUACACCUGGGACAUGCACUGACAUGCGCUAUACAAGACGCCAUUGUGAGAUGGCACCGAAUGCGAGGCUUGGAGACCCUGUGGAUCCCAGGAUGUGACCAUGCUGGCAUAGCAACGCAGGUUGUCGUGGAGAAACAACUGUGGAAGAAAGAGGGCAAGACGAGACACGAUGUUGGGCGGGAGGAGUUCCUAAAACGAGUCUGGGAGUGGAAAGAGGCGAAAGGGGAAACUAUCUACAAUCAGAUGAAGAAGAUGGGCGUGUCCCUGGAUUGGAGUAGGACCUGCUUCACAAUGGACGAGAACAUGAGUCUGGCAGUGCGUGAGGCGUUUAUCCGUCUCCAUGAUGAGGGACUCAUCUACCGCAGCGGGCGACUCGUGAACUGGUCCUGCCAUCUCAGAUCUGCCAUCUCUGAUAUUGAGGUAAUCAAUGAGCAGAUAGAUGGACCAAAGGGCUUGAAAGUUCCUGGUUAUGAACAUCCUGUUGUGUUUGGAGAAAUGACUCAGUUCGCCUAUCCAGUGGUCAAUUCAGACCAGCAAAUCACUGUAUCAACCACACGUCUGGAGACGAUGCUAGGUGACACGGGUGUGGCAGUCCACCCAGAUGACCCCAGGUAUUCACACCUGCAUGGCGCCCUUCUGCAGCAUCCUAUAGAUGGCAGACAUAUACCUGUCAUAACAGACGACAGUGUACAGCAGGACUUUGGUACAGGUGCUGUCAAGAUAACUCCAGCACAUGACCAUGUAGACUACCAGAUUGGGAGGAGACACAACCUGUUGUCUGUAAAUGUGAUUGAUGACCAAGGCUUGAUGGAGAAUGUCCCAGAACAAUACAAGGGUAUGAAAAGGUUUCAUGCAAGACAGAAGGUUGCAGAUGCUUUGAAGGAGAAAGGAUUAUAUAAAGGGAAGCAACCUCACUCCAUGGUCCUGCCUGUUUGUCAACGCUGUGGUGACAUUAUUGAACCAAGGAUCAAAGACCAGUGGUAUGUGAACUGUGCAGAGUUGGCUUCUAAUGCAUUACAGGCAGUAGAAAGUGGAGAGUUGACCAUCUAUCCAGAUUUCCAUCGUAAAGUUUGGCGAGAAUUUAUGUCUAAUGAAAAGGCAAAGGAUUGGUGCAUCUCCAGGCAGAUAUGGUGGGGUCACCGUAUACCAGCGUUCAGAGUGGAUUUGAAGCAAAAUACCAAUGAAGGCGAGGAACUAUGGGUGAGUGCCCACACUGAAGAAGAAGCCUGUAUGAAAGUAGAAAGCAAACUGGGAAUAACAAGAAACAAUUUCUCUCUCCAUCAAGAUGAAGAUGUGCUGGACACAUGGUUCUCAUCAGCACUUGUACCAUUCUCAGCUCUGGGAUGGCCAAAGCAGACUAUUGACCUUCACCGUUUUUACCCCAACAGCCUCCUAGAGACUGGUAAUGAUAUUCUGUUUUUCUGGGUGGCCAGGAUGGUCAUGUUAGGACUCAAGAUGACUGGCUGUCUGCCGUUUUCAAAGGUAUUGUUACAUGGCACUCUACGAGACUCCAAAGGCCGCAAAAUGAGCAAAUCUCUAGGAAACGUGAUAGAUCCGAUGGACGUUAUAUACGGCGUUUCCCUUGAGGAGCUACAGAAGCAAGUUGAGCGGCUGGGAUUCGAUGUUUCUGAGAUGGAAACAGCCAAGAAGGGUCAGUCCCAAGAUUUCCCAGACGGUAUACAGGAGUGCGGUACGGACGCCCUCAGAUUUGCACUGUGCUCAUACCAGUUUAAAGAUCCGGAGAUUCGUAUGAACAUCUCGCAUGUGCACAACUACCGCCAGUUCUGCAAUAAAAUCUGGCAGGCCUUCAAACUGGUGUGGAACCAGCUGGGACCGGAUUUCAAGCCUGUUCAACAUUUAAAGAACAACGAGGACACUACAUUUACGCCAGUGGACCUAUGGAUCCUGAGUCGCCUCAGCCACCUGGUACAACACUGCGACAACAACUUCCGGUCAUAUGACCUCCACCUAGCAACCCUGGCUCUGUAUAACUUCUGGUUCAAUGAUUUUUGCGCAGUGUAUUUGGAAUAUUCAAAGAAGAUGAUGGACACACCCUCCGCCCCAGGUGUUAGAGAUGUUCUGUAUUUCGUCGUGGACACAUUCCUUCGGGCCCUCAGUCCGUUUAUGCCAUUUCUUACCGAGGAACUGUAUCAGCGCCUGGGAAACAUUAGUGCCGAUGCAAGCAGUGUGUGUCUUACGCAAUAUCCGGACCCCUUAAAGUACAACUGGUAUAAUGGCAAUCUCGAAUCUACCAUGGAGCGUGUACAGCUGACAUGUAAUGGAGCACUAUCUUUAAUGAAGACAUUUGAGCUGUCGCCUAAAAUUACUGAAGUGUAUAUACAGGCGCCAGAAAGUUAUCACUUCGACGAUUUCUUGGCUGUGUUUGCUUCACAGUUGAAAUGCCAAAGUAUCACGUUUGUAAAUAGGGACCAGGCUCUAUCUGGCUGCAUACGCAAAGAUAUCGCACCAGGCCUUGACGUCUACAUUAAAGUUCAGGAUAUUUCAAAAAUUCAAGUUAUGAUAAAGAACUUAGAAGAGAAGCAUCAUAAUCUGAUGGAAAAGAUAGUACAACUGGCGAAGAAAGGGAAAAAGAAACAUAACGAUGUUGAUGACAAGAUUCAAGUCCUUGACGAAAAGGCACGGCUCGUAAAGGAACAGAUAGACAUUUUGCAGCAAGUGCAAAGAAACAGCAUAAGAGGACCAGAUUAAUGCAUGACAAACAUUAUUAGCAUCUAACAAUAGUUCACUUGUCAAACAUAGCAUUCUUAAACAUUGCCUUAUGUACGCAAUUUUAGGCUAUAUUAUCAGAGAAAUGGUGUUGUGCAAGUUUGUAUAGAAAUAAAAACGAACCUUUGAUAAUAAAACAUAAAUAGUGUUUUAUGUUUUAAUAGAUUUGUUAAUGUAUUAUAUCAAUCAUUGUGUACAAUUCUUUCUGCUUAGGCCAUUAUUUUUAGCUUAUCUAUUUAAAAAAAAAAAAUUAUGAGCUUUUGUCAUCACCUUGGCGUCGGCGUCCGGUAAAGUUUUGCGUUUAGGUCCACUUUUCUCAGAAAGUAUCAAUGCUAUUGCAUUCAAACUUGGUAUACUUACUUACUACCAUAAGGGGACUGGGCAGGCAAAGUUAGUUAACUCUGGCGUGCAUUUCGACAGAAUUAUGUGCCCUUUUAAUACUGAGAAAAUUGAACAUUUUGGUUAAGUUUUGUGUUUAGGUCCAUUUUAUUCCUUAAGUAUCAAAGCUAUUGCUUUCAUACUUGCAACACUUACUAACUAUCAUAAGGGGACUGUGCAGGCAAAGUUAUGUAACUCUGACUGGCAUUUUGACAAAAUUAUGUGCCCUUUUUAUACUUAGAAAAUUUAAAAUUUGGUUUAGUUUUGUGUUUAGGUCCACUUUAUUCCUACAGUAUCAAAGCUAUUGCUUUUAUUAUUGGAACACUUAUAAACUAUCAUAAGGGGACUGUGCAGGCAAAGUUAUGUAACUCUGACUGGCAUUUGGACGAAAUUAUGGGCCCUUUAUACUUAGAAAAUUAAAAAUUUGGUUACGUUUUGUGUUUUGGUCCACUUUACCCCUAAAGUAUCAUGAUAUUGCUUUCAUACUUGGAACACUCGCAAACUAUCAGAAGGGUAUAGUAAAAGGACAAGUUGCAUAACUCUGGUUGUCAUUUUUACGGAAUUAUGGCCCUUUUUUGACUUAGUACUUUUGAAUAUAUGGUUAAAUUUUGUGUUUAGAUCCACUUUACUUCUAAAGUAUCAAGGCUAUUGCUUUCAAACUCCAAAUACUUUCAUGCUAUCAUGAGGUUACUGUACCUGGCAAGUUGAAUUUUACCUUGACCUUUGAAUGACCUUGACUCUCCAGGUCAAAUUAUUAAAUUUUGCUAAAAUUGCCAUAACUUCUUUAUUUAUGAUUAGAUUUGAUUGAUACUUUGACAAAACUACUCUUACCUGACAUACCACAAUAGACUCC